AUGGACGAGGUGAACGGCAUCCUUGGCAACAGGGGCAUUCCAGUCCUCUACUUCAACCCGCGUGACCGUCAGAAGCCCAUCCUGUACGAACCUUCGACGUCAGCGCCAGGCUGGCUUUUUAUUUUCCGAAUUCUGGGCGUCGGAUAUAUCCCCAUACUACUCGGGAAGGGCGAUGCGAAGCCCGAAGUGCAGGGAUAUGUGGUUGGCUUCUCGCUCAUGGUGCGAGUUUUCCUGGCUGCAUGGGAGAUAUGCUGGUUCUCACGGCGAAUUGACAAAUUGAAAUACAUGUUAGCCCGUUCGUUCGAGUUCAACAAACGCUCAACGCUCGCCGCAGUUUGCACACAAGCUCUGGACACGCUCGCAAUCUGGGGUAGAACCGCGACUGGGGUUAUCCUGGCUACGAUAACUAUCUUCUUGUUGGCUGGGAUCCUAAUACCGAGCGAGCCGACCGGUCUGGUCCUCUCUAUAGGCUGCACGAUGGCCGCCGAAUACGUACUACGCGUGCUGUUUCUCGUAUGCUGGUCGAUGCUGAUGCUGAGGAGGCAGGGCGCUGCAUAUAACUGGGUGCGGCAGCAGAAGACAAAGAAGGAGAAGGUCCUGCCGACCGACGAGGAACGCGAGGCGCGCGAUCGCGCCCACGAAGGGCAGCAGCUUAGUUUCAUACUUGCUAGUCAUUAA